AGGUUGUAGAAGGUGACCCAAGUAAAGUGCUGAGAGUGCAGUAUGUGUGGGUGUUGUGCCGUGAUCAGACAGAACUUGAUGCUCGUGCUGCCUGGAGAAUACUGGACCUAUCAGCUCAGAGCACUGAACAAUUUGUAUAACAAAUGUAGGGGUAAAGGUAAUGGUAAUAUUGUGGUAGUUUUGUAUCCCAAUUCAAGUAGAACUGCAACAGUUAUUGAUUACAUUCGUGCACUUGUCAUCCGUGACUGGAAGUACUUCUAGGGCCAUUUUAGACCUUGCAAAGUUUUACCCUGGUCAGAACAUUGUUAUGAUUAAAAUAUUUUAACGUGUUAUGGUGGGGAUCAUAUGUACAAAAUUGGUUCUAAUGAAUCACUGAAUUUGUUUGUAGAAUAUUAUUGUAAUUUUAUGAGAAGUGUUUGAGUGAAUGAACCCUUCUCAGAUGAGUUGUUGUUAUUAGUUGAUGCACCAGUGUAUUGAUUUUGGAAAAUACAUGUGAAUGGCUAUCUAGUUUGUCUGUGGACUAUGAAAACUGAAAGUGAAACCAUUAUAUAGAAUUAGGUAUUCAUCAUCUUCAUUAUCAUCCAUACUCGAUAUUCGCAAAGCAAAUUGAAAAGCAAUAAUAUCCGUGAAGAUGGCAUAUUGCCAUUGUUAGAUGUAAUGAAACUAUAAAGUACCACGAAAGUGAAAAUCACUAAAGUAAUGAGCAAAGUUUACAUGUUAAAGGGUCUUUUGGUACCGGCCAAAACCACUUCCAUUCCCCACUGGCAGAUUCAACUAACUGGAACUAAAAUGAAAUAAUAAUAAAAAUAAAAUUCCUCCAAUUUACGAGGCUGGCGAGUUGGCCAUGUAGUUAUUAGCCAAGGUCUUGGCUAUAAAUACCUCCACACACAUUCACUUCUCCACCCAUGCUCUUCAUUUUUCUUGUUUUAUAUUAUAUUUCCAUUUAUUUCCAAGCUGUAAUGGAGUAUUGUAGUACAUAUUGUAAUGAUUUUUCAACUUUUAUAGUUUCAUUAUAAGUAACAAUGUCCCGCGGCAGUGCAUUAUACUUGCGAAAGUGGUGAGAAAGUGUGCCAAUUUGAAUGCUAGGCACAUUUGGGAUG